AGGGGCGGCAGUGUGGUCGAGACAGUGAUGGUGGGUGGACGUCGCCGCGCGCGCUGAUGUCGGCCUUGCGCCACCCUCUUUCGCGUCUGGCAGGGGUGCGGGUGCUCGCCCUCCUGCUGCUGCUGCUGCUGCUGCUCUACCCAGGGCACGCCUCUGCCCAGCACCAUCACCAACAGCAGCAGGGAGACCCAGGGGGCGCGGCGUCCGGGGGGCGGCGUGCCCUGGUGACGGUGUCGCUACAUAUGCAGGACCGUCGCGGCAAGUACACGGAGCAGGAGGUGAAGUUGUGGGGCGCCUUCUCCCCCCUGGCUGCCGCCGCCCCCGCCGAGGGGAGGGUUAUACAGAUGCACCCAGCGGCUUUGUGCGAGAGUGUGCGCAAUGACGGUCUGGAUUAUGAGUUCGGCUGGGUUGGGUUUUUCAAGCCUGAGGUGGUCCCGGACUUGCCCAAGAAAUGUCAGUCAGUUUACGCCAUGGCACGGUACGCGAUGGAGCGCGGCGCCACUGCCAUUCUGGUGGACAUAGACGGCCUGGUGGCGGCGCAAGAGGAGCUGUUUGAGGAAGUGGCGGCGCAGGACCUCCUCAAACGACCCGUGGUGGUGUUGUUCCCCGCCCAGGCCACCAAGCUGCAGAGUAUUAUCAUUCGCCGCCCUAUGGUGAUCCACGCCCGCAUUGAGCUGCCUCCCGCCCGUGACCACUUCGAUCUGGGCAUCUUCCUGACGUGCUUCUUCCUCAUCGUCCUCGUCUGCCUCGCUAUCGUCGUUAAGAUGCGAUGGAGGAGGAACAACAAGCAGAACACUCUCGCUCAACAAGCAAAGAGAGCGCUUAAUAAAAUGGAGUGCAGAAGAUACAAGGAGAAGAAGAAGGACGAGAAACAGAGAAUAAAAGUAAAGCUUAAAAAGAAGAAGAAAAAGAAAAUCAAAGUUAUUAGCGAUGGAGGAAGUGGAGCCGGAGGAGGGGGAGGAAGUUGUGGUGGUGGUGGUGGUGGUAGUGGGAGAAGUAGUGACGCCACGAAAGGAGGGGAAGAAGAGGAAGAGGAAGAAGAGGAGGAGGAGGAAGGGGAAGAAGAAGAGGAGGGCAGCCAUGAGAUUUCCGUAUUGUCGGAGGGACCUGAGGUGUGCGUGGUGUGCUUGGAGGAGUACCGCCCCCACCAGGAGCUUCGUGUGCUGCCGUGCAAACACGAGUUUCAUCGCACGUGCGUGGAUCCCUGGCUGUUGCAGCACCGCACGUGCCCUCUGUGUAACUACAACAUUAUAGAGGGCUGCUACGAGAGUCCUCCAGCCACGUGCACAGCGGCGCCGCCGCUGCCUCCUGCUCCUCCCCUGUACAGCACCCCUCCUCCCGGCCAGCAGGCGGCGUGUGGGCACCCUGGCUGCCCGGCGCUGCUGGGCGGGGGCUACAGUCCCCUUCCGCCAGGGUACAUCAGCCCGCCUCCUGGUUACUCCAGCCCUCCCUUGGCUCCCAUGGCGUGUACAGUGGCGGGGGGUGUGGCCAGCGGCUACGCCAGCCCCGCCCUGGGGUACAACACGCCCACCAGUGGCUACAUGAGUCCCGGGGGCGGUUAUCCUGCUCCCCGCACUGGCUACCUCAGCCCCCACGCUUCCUUCCUCGGCUCUCUGGCGGGGUACGGGCUGGCGGCAUCCUGUGGUUACGGAGCCGCUGCCCCCGCUGCCCCACGGGGCUUCGGUGGGGGCUGUGGCCACGCCUCCUGCCUCAUGUACCCGCCCGCGCCCACGCACGACCUGCGGUGUGGGCACAACCACGUCCCUCCGCCACUCGCCGCGCCCCACGGACCGUCUCCCCACGGGCCGCCCCCAGGCUCCAGCAGCGAGGAGACGGAGCACCAGAUUGUGAGCGUGGAGGUGCAGCACCACGGCGCCGCGGGGCCGCGUCCCGUCACAUUCCAGGCUGGUGGAGGUAGUGGCGGGGGCCGCGGCCCCCUGCCCGCCGCCCCCCUGAGUCGGGAGCAGCUGGCUCCAUUCCUGGCGGCUCUGGCGGCGCUGCAGGAGGAACGGAGGGGCGGCAGUGAGGCUAGCGACGCCUCGUCCUCGCUUGACAAUCUGUCGUGCGAGGUGCUGCCGCCCUCCUCGCCGCGACGUUCUCUCGAGUCCUUGCAGGAGCGCACCGCGCGGCCCCGCAGGCAUCCCCAGCAGGAAUCACCACCCGAGGAGGAGGCGCGGACCCGGCGUAUGGUGCGACGUCCCCCAUGGGUCAGCCCCGGCUUACCCCCUCCUCCUCCCACCCAUCCACCACUUGCUCACCAUAUCCACACCAUGCCCGAGGUGGCCAUCGCCGCCCCGCCUACCCACGCCUCUCACCUUGUCGCCCCAACAGCCUCCACUGCCACCACAACCGUGCCGGGCGCCGCCAGACUCAGCGGCGACUUCUCCCUUGGGCCUGAUGCGGUGUCCCUCAGGCGGCCACACCUCCCACCGCCCCUCCAUCAGGCCGCCCACAGGCUCUCCCUCCACUCAGAUGGCAGCAGCAGCAGUAGCAGCAACAGCAGCACUAGCAGCAGCAGUAGUGCAUCGCCGCCAGAGGUGACGUGACACGGGGAAGAAGACAGCUGCACUCAUCCUGCAGCCGCCCCUUACCCAACCCCGCACUCUCAAGGAAGCCCCCGCCCUCGCUUGUCGAGGCCUGCUGAGGACACUCACCUGCGCCCUACGCUCUGCUAAGAAGGCGGAAAGUCAUGCAGGAGUGUGGGAAGUUUACGGCGCGGAAGACGAAGCAAGGCACAGCAAGACAAGGCAUCGUGGAGCGUUUGACGAAAUGAAGCGCCGAGUUUUGUAAGACAGAUGGCGCUGUGUCGCGGGUCUGGCUGGCCACGUGCACAUGACGCAACAGUGUUUGGUGUGGAGUGGACAGGCAAACGGAAAGACCAGCCACGUGUUUGGUGCGAUGAACAUUUAUUUUAUCGGUGUUCCGAUGGUGAACGUUCAGGGUAUGUGUACCGUGUUAUUACUACGUCUUUGUUAUGUUGAUGUGAAGAACGUUUAUGAACUGGAAGAGUUUAGGCACACGGAGAAGCGGUGUGUGUGUGUGUGUGUGUGUGUGUGUGUGUGUGUGUGUGUGUGUGUGUGUGUUAGAUAGAUGUCUUGAAGCACAGGGUAAUGUUAUAGUGCUUUAGGACAGUGUUGUGUGUGUGUGUGUGUGUGUGUGUAUGUGUGUGUGUGUGUGUGUGUGUGUGUGUGUGUGUGUGUGUGUGUGUGUGUGUGUAUUACCACCCUAUCACCACCACCACAGUCUCCCUCCCCAUCCUUCUCGACACACGCACAUAAAGAUGACCACAAGUGUUUAACUGUUAACUCAGGCCCUUUAUACUACCACAAUAUGUACACACAAACACACACACACAAACACACGCGCGCGCGCGCGCCCAGACGAGAAGAUGAAAAACUGUGGAGAAUUUUGUAAAACUAAGAAAAGAUUAACGAAGACAAAGAUAUGGAAAAAAGCAAUAUAUAAAUAGAUAGAUUUCCCGAGAGAGAGAGAGUGGGGGGGGGGAAUAGUGAGCAGUUAAAUGUGAAUCUCAAAAAGGAAGGGGAAAAAUCUAUAUAAUGCAAACACCUCAUUUCCUUUCAAGUACUAGUCAGAGUGGGUGUGGGGGACAUGACAGCAUCACCUCACAUCUCAUUACUUCUUGUUACCUUGAUGAAUGAUUAUUAUGCUGCUAUUCUGUCAUAGGAAAAUCUGUGUCUGUCUAUCCUAUCACUUCUCAUGAACUAGGAUAACCUCAGUAGUAUAACAAAAUCUGUACCCCAGUAAUUGCUAAUAUAACCCCAGUUUGAAUUCCUGUCAUCUGGCCAUGCUGUGGAAAUUGCUAAUGUAGCCACACCGUACGGCCUUGUUGUCUGGCCUUGCUGUGGAAAUUGCGUGUAACGGUAGCCUGUCCCGAGGUCUUGCUGUGGUAGUUACUAAUAUAACCACAGCAUAAGGCCCUGUCACCUGGCCUCGCUGUGACCUCAUAAACCAUCACAGUAUACUUUGCAGCUAUACUUUGAUGGAAUCAGCUAGAAAAGACUGUCAGAAAAAGUCCAUCUCAGUGAUCUAACCAGUGACUAAGAAAAAGGGUAGGGAGUCAAGGAAAAAGCCUCUCAUUGACCCAAAUAACUACAACUCGAAUUGGUGGUAAACAUGUAAGGGCAUAUUUGAUGUGCAGAAGUGACAGAUGAGCUUCCUUUGUUUUUAUCUUCACAUUCUUAUACGAAAUACAUAAUCGAUAUCAAAUGACCCAAUAGACAACAAAAUCAGUAUCUCAGUUCGUCUUAAGCUGAUACGUAACAGGGAUCCAUUCAUUUUCCUGAGAUGAGGGGUGGUGAUGCUGGGUGUCCUCGCAGUCCCGGGGAGACCAAAGUUAACCUAGUCGUAAACUUUUUUGUUGGAGGAGAAAGAUGAGGAAGAAGUGGAGAGUUUUAGAAUACGGAAGGAGGUGUAGGAGGAAGGAAAAAUGGAGCAGAAUAAAAGAAUAUGGAAGAAAUUUUAUGCUGUAGAAGGUAGAAAGUUUCAGAAUACCAACGGGGAUUAUAAAAGGAAGAGGAGAAAAAAUUAGCACAAUGAUACAAUAAGAGGAAAAUUAUAUUGCAAAUAGAGGAGAAGGAGAGCUAGAAAUGUGAAGAAGGAAGGAAGGGAAAAGUAGGUAUGAGAGCAACUAUAUUCAAGACGAAGGAAGAAGAGAAUAAGAAAAUGUUGAAUUAUAAAAGUAAACAUGAUGAAAGAUAUGGAGGAGGCGAAGAAGAAAAUACAUAGUCUAAGAUUUCAAAGCACCAAAGAAUUAAAUAUAGAAAUGUAGAAAAAAAAA